AUGUCCGGAAUACAUGAAUAUUUUAAACGAACCUUUUCGGAAUGGAAUAUUGAGGACUUCCUUAAUAAGUGCGAUAUAGAACAAUUUGAUAUCAAAAUAGAUCGUUACCUCAAAUCUCUUAAGAUUAUCGCAGAUUACGAAACAGGCAAAAGGAAAGAGAGAGCAAUUCUACUUCUAAACAAAUAUAGAAUGGCAAGUAAUAUCUUUUGUCAGAAAUAUAGUGAAAUAGUGGCGUGGCAGGGACUUUUUCGGUUUUUGUCAUUCAAGGGCGAUCGAUCCGAUUACCAAAUUGCAAGAAAAUGGAGAAAUAAUCACGACCAAACCGGUACAAUUGGUGGAUCCUCGUUUCACCUCCAUAAUCCUACCUUUACAGGGAACCCUCUGAUGGGCAACUCUGGUAGUAUUAGCGGUGGAUCUUUUAAUUUUUCCGAACACAAGUCAAAAAGAAACCAGGAAGAGAACAAUAAUGAAGAAUCAAAACGGAGAAAAAUGGAUGGUGAGGAUUACAAACCCUAUUUCCAUGUUAAAAUUCCUCCUCCACGCGUUGUCAUUCCUCCCCAUCCACCACGAACACCUGAACAACAAAUAUUUUCUUCGAGUUCCAUCGUUUCUCCCACCACAAGAAGUGAAAGUGAAGAAACUGACAAUGAUGAUUCUGACGCAGAUGAUCGAGACCCUAAAAAUUUCACAUUUGAUGAAUUUAUAGAUGGGAAGGAUGAAUAUGUGGAUCGUGAUUGUGUGGAUGAUGACGACGAUGAUCAGGAGAGAGUUUUCUUGAACGAUUCGGAUGGAUCUGAUAACUUUUAUGAUAAUCCCGAGAUCAAUAUCUCUGCAUUAUUCGCUUCAUAUCGUUCAAAUGCAUGUCAAAUUGCACGGAGUUUAUCCUACAUUCUGCUGUUGCAAGUCGACAAGUUCUCGGACCUUCAAAUACAAGAAUUUUCUAGAGAUACUCUAGAACAAUUACGGAAAAACAUGCGUAACUCAUACGCAGUGAAGACAAAAGUUGCACCAGAUGUUAAAGCAUUAUUUCGGGAAUACAUUGAAAUUGCGCUCGAUGAAGACCUCGGUUUGGAAGAUGUUGAAAAGGCUAUAGAAGGAUCAUUUGCGAAAUCUUUCCAAGAUACCACUGAUCAGAAAAAGUUUGGAAUCAUGCGAUUUAUUUUUUUACAGCUGGUUAAAAAUAUUCCCAUCAAUCCAUUGGAUGACCUUCUUAGUGAAGGCACUUUGACUAAUAACAUAAUAAGUCCGAUAUUGCGUUCUUUCUUUCAUAACGCCACAAUACAUCCAAGUAGAUGGCCAAAUACAGCUAGUAUGAGUUCGAAGGUUCGCAAGCUUGCCAAUUUUGACCCUUCACGGGCAAAACAGCCGGAUAUGAUCGGCAAUAUAGUGAAUAAUAACAAAUCUAGCUACGAAAUGAUGUUUGGAGAGAUAACCGGAGAAGGAAAAAACAAUAAAGCCAAGAAGAACAACUUGGAUCUCGUCAGAUUAGGCGUCUUCAUGAAAGAUGCUCUUGAUAUACUGGUUAAGAAGUUAGGAAAAGACCGUAUUGUUUUUUCAUGGCAAAGCAUUGUGACAUCAUGGACCGGCUAUAUUAUGGUUUUGGUUGCUCCCGGACUUUAUUUAAUGAUCGAUGUUGGCCAUACUGAGCUUCCCAAGUCUUUUCAGACCUGUGGACAGUUCAUCAAUGGUAUUGAUAAUUUAUUUACAUUUGCGGGAAAAUAUAAGUGUGAAGUCAAGAGGACUCGUGAUGAUAUUAAUCGAAUGAAAGAACAAAAGAAAGAUGAUGAUUCUAUAGAAGCCAUCAAAUGGUGUCGAGCUACGUUGGGGACGUCACAAUUCAGGAAACUAGUGAAAAGAAC